UAUUAUAAUGAUUUUCAAUUCUGAGUUAUCAGGUUAAUAAUAACAUACAACUUCCCCAGUAGUGACUGGAGGUAGUGUAAUAGCAUUAGUUUACAAGGGUGGAGUAGUAAUUGGAACUGAUACUCUAUGUAGUUAUGGAAGUAUGGCAGCAUUUAAGUAAAAAUUGAGAAAAUUGAUUUAGAAAUGUAGAGAAGAUUGCUCAAGUGUCUAAAAAUACUUUAUAUGUUUCAAGUGGAGAAUUUUCUGAUUUCUAAUAAGUGGUGAAAGAAUUAGCAAAAAUAGAUAGAUCAGCUUUAUAAUAUGAUGAUGGAGUUCAUCCAUCUCCAAGAGAUUAUGGUAAUUUCUUAGCUAGAUUAUCAUAUAAAAAGAGAUGCAAAAUAAAUCCAUUAUACUUACAGAAUGUGAUUGCUGUAUAGAUUUUUAAGUAUUUAGGGAUUUCAUAAUGGUGAGAGAUAUCUAGCAUUAGUAGAUAUUUAUGGUACAUACUUGGAAUCAAAUUUUGUGACAACUGGUUUUGCAAGUUAUUUCUGUAAAGCAAUAAUUAGUAAUUAUUGGAAUGAAAAUUGCACUCUUGAUUAAGCUAAAUAAGUAAUAAGAGAAUGUUUUAAAGUAAAUGAAAGAUUAAUGAUAGGUAUUAUUUUGCAGAGAUUGUAGAGCACAUGAUAUGAUUUAAUUAGGUUAUGUAGAUGAAUAAGGUGUACAUAUUGAAUAAGCAGAGAGAGUUGAAACAAAGUGGGAUUUCAAUGGGUUUAAAACUAGAGCAAAUGAGAAAUUACACACAUAAUGAAC